AUGAACAACACUCUGGAAGAAGGAUCAGAGCCACAACCGGUUUAUGCUGCGCUCUUCGGCUGCAUUUUGGUGCUGGGUCUGCCUUUGAAUGCUGUGUCAUUGUGGAUUCUGAUCCGUCACCACAGCCUCAAAUCUCCCAGUGCUGUCUACAUGGUCAACCUGGCAAUCUCAGACCUGCUGCUGGUCAUCUCAUUACCCAUGAGGGUCUACUUCUAUGCCACAGGCUCCUGGCCUUCGAGCAACUUUGCGUGCAUAUUUACAGUGAUGCUCUUCAGGAACAACAUCCGCUCCAGCGCCUUCUUCAUCACCCUCAUCUGCGUGGACCGGCUGCUGGCUGUGGUUUACCCUCUGAAGUCACGCCAUCUUCGGACCCCGGCUAAUGCCUGGAGAGCUGCUGCACUGGUGUGGCUCUUUGUGUCUGUGAUAAACAUCGCUGAAGGUGUGAUGUUUUUCAAAUUUUUAAACCAGUCCUCCAACUCCUCCUGCUUUGAAAUAACUCAGUUUCAGAGUAUUCUAGGGAGAGUCAUUCAGCCUAUGUUGGUGUUUAGCAUGCUGGCCGUCAACAUUGUGUGCACUGCUCUGGUAUCAUGGACUCUGCAAAGACACCUAAAUGACUCUGCAAGGGUCAAAAAUAAGGUGAAUGUUAUGCUGAUCUUUGUCAUGGGCUUGGUCAUGUUCACUAUAUGUUUCCUGCCUCUGUAUGUUGGUGUUUUCACAACAACAAAACCCUCUGUGAUAACACCUCUACUAUGUGUGGCUAGUGUGAACUGCUGUCUGGAUCCUCUGCUGUAUUACUUCUCUUUGGAUGCUUUCUGGAAGAAAAAGGAUGAUGUGGAUCUCCCGGGAGGCCGGUAG